GUAUUUUCUGUGUGAUAUAGUUCCGUUUGCCACUCAGGACAGGUGACAAUGUGGUAACUAACACUAUAGGAAACAUUAAUUUUACAUACUGGUGAGAAUUUAGCGUGCAGAAAAAACCGUCAGUUAUUGUAAUAUUUAUUAAGUGUGAACUUCAACAAUGGCCUUAAGGACUGCACGUAAUCUGGCAUAUUGUUUAAAUUCUAUCAGAAACUAUUCAACAAACGGUCCUCUGGUAAAUGUUACUGUUAAUGAAAAAUCAGGUUUUGCAACGGUGACACUCCAAAACCCACCUGUAAAUAGUAUGAACUUGGAACUCUUGACCGAAAUAUCUCACACGCUACAACAACUGGAAAAAAACAAAUGCAGAGGUUUAAUAUUAACUUCUGCCUCAAACAAGGUCUUCAGCGCAGGCAUAGACAUUUUUGAACUACAUAAACCCAAUUCAGAUCGCAUAAGUCAAACUUGGUCAUUUGUGCAAGAAAUAUGGAUUAGGUUAUAUGGCAGCGCAUACCCAACAGUUGCUGUUAUUAAUGGUCAUGCUACUGCUGGAGGAUGUUUGUUAACAUUAGCAAGUGAAUAUAGAAUAAUGUUGAAUAAGUUCACAAUUGGUUUGAAUGAGACACAAGUUGGGUUGACUCCACCAACCUGGCUUAUAGACGCCAUGAAAAACACAAUUGGAGGCAAGCAGACCGAAUUUGCGUUGACAGCAGGCACCCUUUUUGAAACUGAAGAAGCUUUAAAAAUAGGGUUGGUGGACGAAGUUGCUCAAAGUAAACACGAUGCUAUUGAAAAAGCUGAAAAAUUCUUAAAUAAAUUUAAAAGAAUUCCUCCUCAUGCGAGAUCUAUUACUAAAGCAAAACUACGUGGAGCUAACAUUCAGGCUCUCGUUAGGAAUAAAGAUAAAGAAGUGAAGGGUUACGUAGAUUUUAUUACUGAUCCACAAUUUCAGGACACAGUUGGGAAAUAUAUAGAGUUAGUAAAACAAAAAUCAAGCAAGUGAUUUUGUCAUAAAGGAUAAUGUUAUAUUUUAUAUUUUUACGUUUACCCAAGUUUGAUAUAAAUUGUCUAAGUAGUUUAAAUAAUUGUAAUAUACACGAAAUGCACAUGCUAUUAGAGUAUGAACGCUUUUUUUUGUAUUCAUAGAAAAAUAAAGAACAGUUAAGUGUGAUUAACUACUACUAGCAGUACUGUUCUGGCGGUGGUGGGACAUACUUUAGUGCGCAUUCUGCGUUACCAACUUGUUAUGUUAUUUGCAUAGAUUAUGUGAAUUAUGUUUUUUUUUUAUUUACUGUAAACACAUAACUACUCUGUGUAUCACAACAGCUAAUAAAUAUAUCAAUGUCAA